AUGAAGACCACUGCUUAAGGCAGGUACUGCCUUGUUGCUGGAGGAUUUGACCUUUGAUGAAGCAGGAUUAUUUCCAUCUCCAUUUUUGCUUUUGUGGUCAAAGGAACAAGUAUUUCCAGAUAGCUGCUCGCAACUGGUUUGCUGUAGGUUUUUUUGAAAGAAAUGGAGUCGGUACUCAAAAAAAUCCACAGUUUUGCUGCUUGGAAAUGAGUUUUUCUUUUUUUGGAUUUCAUUUGAUCUGUCUUCUUUCUGAUAAACUGGUUAAAGCACAGGUUCAAGGAUCUGAAGAGCGGGCCUGCUUGAAGUUGGACAGGAACUUUUGGCAAUCUCAGUUUCGCAAGACUUGGUCCUGUGCUCAUCCCAAUUCUGACCUCCGAAUGUUUUCCUUUGGAAGGAUUUUUUUGGGGUGUAGCUGUACCCCGAAACCUUAAUUGGCCUACCACGCCUCUUCAUCUUCAUGAAAGAAUAACCACAAAUUUUCUAUUUACACCUAUUUAAAAGAUAAAUUUAAUUCACUAAUUCAAGAAAUGCCUGCAGUAUCUCAAAUGCAACACAAGCUCCUGUCAAAUUUUAAACAAGAACGUUAUUGGCAUUGCUAGAUGGUUUGCUACGUUUUUGCAGUUGCCUUUAAUGGCAGAAAAGAAGAACUUGCAAAUGGGAUAAACAUGAGCAGCCAAGCAAAUCGAGCCGAUUAUGCAGGCAAUCCUUGAUGCUUUUCCUGAUACCCGAGUGCUGACCUAUAAUCAGCAGUGCAAAACAUAGACCGCUGCUGCUCUUGCUGGCAAUGAGCUUGGUUUUGCUGGCUGGUGCUGUUGUAGAUUCCUUUGAGCCCUCCAGUUUGGCCAAUGGGAAUUCAGGCAAGAGGGAAACCAUGAAGUCCGAGGGGACAAAGGAGUCUCGCAGUGAUCAAGAAGAGGGAGGAGAUGAAGAUCACUCGAACGGGCAAGCCAGCCCUCUCAAAGAGGCCAAUGAGCUGAAUGGGACCUAUGAAAACAUGGACACAAAGAGAACUGAACAGAACCUCUCCUCAAGGUCACCAGCCCGAUCCUCAACCAUGGAGAAUGGACUAUCCGAGACUGAGCCGCCCCACGGCUCUAGAGUUGGCAGUAAUGGAUAUAUUCUAAACAAACAGCAGGAAGACACAGUGUCGACCCCACAUAGGACUAACUGGUCCCCCGUAGGGGGUUCCACAUUGGGGCAUGGGACUAAAAGCUCGCCAACUUCAGCUUCUACAUUUCGACCCCCUGAUCAGGGUUCUUCAAACAGUGCUGCAAGCCCAGGACCGAGCCCAAUAGAGAGACGAGCAGACACAGAGACUAAAAACGGCAGAGUAUCGAAUACACCUCCGCCAACGAUACACCGCGCACGCAAAACUAUGUCAAGGCCGGCCUCAAACCAGACACUAAAGCUUUUGAAUAGGGAAAAUAAGGAGCCAGUCGUGGUGAAAGAUGACAGUCUGGGCAAACCAGAGACAGUGCAGCCUCAGCCAUCUCCAAUCCAGAAUCAGCUACCUCAAAGCCAAACUGACGCCACAUCUGUACUGAACACCACACCAGCCAAGCCACAAACAGUUGAACCCAGACCUGUCUCUCCCUCAGUAGCAGCCGUGUCAAGGAAGAAGAAAAGAAAGAUGGGUACUUACAGUCUUGUGCCCAAGAAGAAAAAUAAAGUCUUGAAACAACGCACAGUUCUGGAGAUGUUUCAGCGCAUGUCCCAGUCUCAACCUAACCCUCAGAUGUCGAAGGAAUCUGUUCAUGUGAAUGGUGAGAGAAUUGAAAAUGAGUCCGAUGAAGAAGAGUCAGAAGAAGGAGAAGACACAGAGGAGGAUGAGGAGCUGGUCAGAGAAGAUGGAGCCAAAGCCUCUCAGGAAGGACCUAAGAUAGCUUCAGUUUCUCAGCCUCUUGAAGAAGAACAGGAGUCUGAGGAGUCACCAGAGGGCGAAGGUGAAGAGGAAGGGGAUGAAUCAGACUUGAGUUCAGAGUCCAGUUUAAAAAAGAAAUGGAAAAAGAAAGUCAAGGGGGACCACGCCUGGCUCCGGCCAUCCAGAAAACGCAAGAGGAAAUUGAAAGCGAAAACAGAAGGACUUUCAGGAAUGGAGUCUCAGUCUCAAUCUGAGAGCCAGUGCUCACCAUCAGCCCCUUCUGAAAACAGGAAAGAGUAUAAAGAAGUCCCACUAGACUCUCUCAACCUAGUGGCACAGGAAGCCUUACUGACAUCUCAGAAUACAGCUGUUUCAGGGUCAGUAGAGAGCACAGAUGCUGACAUGGUGCAGGAACUGCCCCUUUGCAGCUGUCGAAUGGAGAUGCCCAAGAGCCGAGAGAUUCUUACGCUUGCGGACAGGAAGUGUAUGGCGACUGAGAGCAUUGACGGUCAGCUGAGCCGUUGUCAGAGUGCAGUGCUGAAGCACGAGAUGAUGAGGCCUUCAAACUCUGUCCAACUGCUGGUUCUAUGUGAGGACCAUCGCACGGGCAUGGUCAAACAUCAGUGCUGCCCAGGCUGUGGCUUCUUUUGCAGAGCCGGUGUCUUCAUGGAGUGUCAGCCAGAGGUGAACAUCUCCCACCGGUUCCAUCGAGCAUGUGCCUCGGUGCUCAACGGUCAGAGCUUUUGUCCACACUGUGGAGAAGAGGUCAGCAAGGCUAAAGAGGUUACAAUUGCCAAGGCUGAUACGACGUCAACUGUGCCUCUCACUCAUGGCCCCUGCACACCCAGCACCUCAGAGGGCAAAGCGGACACCACCACUGGAGGGUCCACUCGGCUCUCUAUUCUUGGAGAGGGCAAAGCAGAUAGCACCUUACCCAGACCUACACAGGACACAUCUGUUUCUCCUUUGGGCUCGAAAACUGGGCCUGUUGGAGCUGGAUUUGGAACUGGACUUCCACCUAAAGAAACUCUGGAAAGUGUCCUGCUGGCUCUAGAUGCUGAAAAACCCAAGAAACUUCGAUUUCAUCCAAAACAGCUGUAUAUUUCUGCCAAACAAGGAGAGCUCCAGAAGGUCCUACUGAUGUUGGUGGAUGGGAUAGACCCUAACUUUAAAAUGGAGAGUCAAAACAAACGCACACCGCUCCAUGUAGCAGCUGAAGCAGGUCAUCAGGAAGUCUGCCAUAUGCUGGUGCAGGCUGGCGCAAACCUUGACAUGUGUGAUGAGGACCAGCGAACGCCCCUGAUGGAGGCCUGUGAGAACGAUCAUCUUGACACAGUACGCUACCUUCUGAGGGCUGGAGCCAUCGUCUCUCACAAGGAUGUUGAGGGUUCAUCAUGUCUCCAUCUUGCUGCUAAGGCUGGGCAUUUCGGCAUUGUUCAGCAUUUGCUGUCUACAGGAAUUGUAGAUAUUAACUGCCAGGAUGAUGGAGGUUGGACAGCCAUGAUUUGGGCUACUGAGUACAAACAUAUAGACCAAGUAAAACUCUUGCUUUGCAAAGGAGCUGAUAUCAACAUCCGAGACAAGGAGGAAAAUAUCUGUCUGCACUGGGCAGCAUUCUCUGGCUGUGUGGAGAUAGCUGAGAUCCUGCUAGAUGCCAAGUGUGAUCUCAAUGCAGUCAACAUCCACGGAGACUCGCCGUUGCACAUAGCGUCACGAGAGAGCCGGCUCGACUGUGUGAACUUGUUUCUGUCACGGGGUGCUGACAUAAGCCUCAAAAACAAAGAGGGAGAGUCGCCCAUGGAGUGCUGCAGCCAGAACUCGAAGGUUUGGAACGCCCUUCAAGCCAGCAAAAAGCAAAAAGAAGCUAACAGCAGUCAGGCUGACCCAGUAGAGAAGCUUCUUAACAGGGACAUCGCCAGAGGCUACGAGAAAGUCCCCAUCCCAUGUGUGAAUGCAGUGGAUAGCGAACCCUGUCCUGAUAACUACAAAUAUGUCCCUGAUAGCUGUGUGACGUCUCCGAUGAACAUUGACAAAAAUAUCACCCACUUGCAGUAUUGCGUCUGUAAAGACGAUUGCUCCUCGGCUAGCUGCAUGUGUGGCCAACUCAGCCUGCGCUGCUGGUAUGAUAAAGAGAGCCGUCUGCUGCCUGAGUUCUGCAAUGAGGAGCCACCUCUUAUAUUUGAGUGCAACCAUGCCUGCUCCUGCUGGAGAACCUGCAAGAACCGUGUGGUACAGAACGGACUGAGGAUAAGACUGCAGUUAUUCAGGACACAGUUGAUGGGAUGGGGUGUCAAAACGUUACAGGAUAUCCCACAAGGAACGUUUGUUUGCGAAUACGUGGGUGAGAUUAUCUCGGACGCCGAAGCAGAUGUUAGAGAGAAUGACUCUUAUCUUUUCAGUCUGGACAGUAAGGUGGGUGAUAUGUACUGCGUUGAUGCACGUUUCUACGGCAACAUCAGCCGCUUCAUAAACCAUCACUGUGAGCCGAAUCUGUUCCCCUGUCGAGUGUUCACCUCUCACCAGGACCUCAGAUUUCCUCACAUCGCGUUCUUCGCCUGCAAGAACAUCAGUGCCGGAGACGAACUUGGGUUUGAUUACGGCGAUCACUUCUGGGACGUAAAAGGGAAGCUGUUCAGCUGCCAGUGUGGCUCAUCCAAAUGCAAGCACUCAGCCGCCACCAUCGCCCAGAGACAGGCAGACAGUACUCCAGGAGACCAGCAGCCCAGCGCUCUGCCCGAUACCAGCUCGUCCACCCCAUCCAGCCCCAGCUAAGCCCCCCCCUUCUAGCAUAAAACAUCCGGUUCUCCUACUUCUACCAGCCUGUCACCUCCCAUCACCAGCACAGGCCAUACCUCUGCUAUCUCUAAUCAGCUCCGGUUACCAACCCGGGCCACUUUAUGCUACACCCACAGUGCCAUGUUUAGCUCUUGUGGUCUGAAGGCCUGAUUGGUUGAAGCGGUUUAGGGGUUUCAAGUCUCGAAGGUGAGAGGUGCACAACUGGACUGGUUGUUCAGGUGUUCAGUACGCACAUUUUGUAUAUGUUUUUUUUAUUAACAGGCCACCCUUUUGGACCACAAUCUUCAUCAUCAAAAGAGCUCAGUUUUUUUUUUCUUCUCUCGACAUUGAACCUGUUUGAGCCAAUUGAUGGAUUUUGAAACAGGUUUCCGUUGAAUACUACCUUAUUCUUGUCGCACAAUGUGUUCUCUUGCCCGACUCGAACUUCUGCGUCGUUUCUUGUCAUAUUUUAUGAACUUUAUUCUUCGAAGUUUUACUUUCAGCGAAAACUGAACGAUCGAUUCCCAAAUCCUAAACGAGUUCCAGGUGAUGUUCAUUUAUGCAUCUGUUUGUUGAUUUUAGUUUUUGUACAUUCGUGGAAUAUGCAGAAAACUAUGUAAAGGUAUUGAACGACCAACCGCUUUUGUUUUUUUGUUUUUUUCCCCAGUAGCCUUUUCUGAGUCCUUCAAUGGGCUGUGUUAACUCGAGAGCUGUAGGAUUGUCCUCUGAUUGGUUCAAAGACGCAGGACGUCAUGUCAGUGCUACCAAAAUCACGAAAAGGCCUCUGAACAGGACAUAUUUUGGCUUAUACAUUCAGCCCAGAUCUCGAGUAUAAAUGCAUUUUAAUGACGAAGUGCAAAUUAAUCCUGGACGAGUCUAAAAACAAGCCCUAUGGGCUAUUUCCUGCAUGUUACAUGCCUGGAUAGACACGGCUGUUGCAUAUUAAAUGCAUAUUACUUGCACCCCCAUCAAUGCAAAUGAAAACUGUAAAAUAUUUCUGUACGUACUUUCGGUCACAAUGAUGGAACCUAUUAGCAUGCUUUUGAGACACGUGCUCUAGGAAUAGGACUGGAACAUUUCGCUCUGGUGGAAUAAAAAGCGGUCAGCUGUAGGAAAACGCAAAUGGUGCUGAAAAAGGUUUUUGUUAUGUUUAUUUUUUUAUUACUCACUAAGUGAAUACAAGUUGUAAAAUACGAUGAAGAAGCAAGUGUUUCUUUUUUUUUUUUUUUCAUUUGUAUUUUUUUUUCUUUUUUGGGCCUCUGUUUUUUUUCUAACCGUAGUUUGACAUGAUUAGCCUGUAUCAAUUUUGUUCCAUAAGUUCAUGUUGAUGGUGAAACUAUUACAGUCUUUUUAAGUGUUGAUAGUGUAGUCAUGUCCUUUGUGCAAAUCCAGACAUAGAGAUACAAAACACUGCGAACUGAGGGGGAAAAAAGAAAACUGUAACACAUUUCUGGACAGUGAAACAUGAUGCACAAUCUUACUGGUUGUGUUUUUCUUUUUCAAUAAAUUUACUACUAAUAAAAGA